CCUGACCGAGUGGGAUGGAGUGAGCUGCUGGUCGGCCGUGCCCGUCGGCCAGUCCCGAGCCGUCACCUGCCCCGACAUCCUCCACGUCUUCAAGAAGUCCAAAGCGCUGAUCUGGAGGAACUGCACCGCGUCGGGAUGGAGCUUCCCCAGCCCCCCUUACCACAACGCCUGCGAGCUGGAGGCCAUGGGCAGCAGUAACGACACAGAGGCCAAGAAAGGCUAUUUUGUCACCAUGAAGGUGCUUUACACCUGUGGCUACUCCACGUCCCUGGCAGCCCUGCUCUUGGCCAUCGGCAUCUUCUCCUGCUUCAGGAAGCUUCAUUGCACCAGGAACUCCAUCCACAUCCACUUCUUCACCUCCUUCAUACUGCGCGGGGCUGCCGUGUUCAUCAAGGACGCCGUCCUCUUCUCGGACGAGUCCGUCGACCACUGCACGAUGUCAACGGUGAACUGCAAAGCAGCCAUCGCCUUCUUCCAGUACUCGGUCCUGGCCAACUUCUACUGGCUGCUGGUGGAGGGCAUGUACCUGCAGACCCUGCUGCUGCUCACCUUCACCUCCGACAAGAGGUACAUCUGGUGGUACGUCCUCAUCGGCUGGGGCGUCCCCAUGCUGACAGUCUGCGUGUGGGUGGUCACCCGGCUACAGUACGACAACCACGG